AUGAUUUGCUUAGUUUUAUUCUAUACUAUUGUGCUUGUCAGUGGUUUGGCUAGUGCUCCGAUUCGGUUUUCGUUAGGUGCCCAGGUUGGGUACACCACGUAUAAGGUAUUUGAGAUUGGCGAUGGCCAGUUGUUCCAUGGCAACGCUACCGUUGAGUGCUUGAUGGGGAAUAGUUCGUAUAUGGCACCAGAGCCGUGUGGCAAGUGUAAGGUGACCCCGGUUUACUGCAAGGUUGGGAAGUCCCCACAAUACUUUAUGCUUAGUGAUGGUGUAUUGUAUGACCAGCGAGGUGCUAUUGGAGAGAUUGUUGCUAACCACCAGUUUCAGUUUGAUUUGCCGUCGCAGUCCAGUGCGUUGUUCAAUAAGGGAUGGUCGGUUGUUUCGUCGAAUGGUAAGCGGUUGCUUUCACUCCAUGGCAGCACGCGGUUCUGGCACUGUCAGGCGGGCACUAACGGGUUGUACAAGUUGUAUGAUGCGUCGAUUGGCGGUCAGUGUUCGCCAGUGUAUAUUGUGGUGUUGCAGCAGGUGUGGUAA